AUGGCCACGACGAACGGCAACCAUGCUUCCGAAGACAUGAUCAAGGGCCUUGCUCACGUCAACAUCUUGGUAAAGCUUCAACUCCGCCAUACUUACUUCGGGGUGUUAUCGAUCACCAUUGCUAACAGUCGCCAGGUCCCGCCAGGCACACUCGACCAAGCGAAUGAGUUCUAUGGAAAUACACUCGGCUUGCAUUCUCGCCAGGUGCCCAAGCUGCAGGCCGGGACGUUGGCGUGGUUCGAUAUCUCAGAUUCCGGGCAACAGGUGCAUGUAGCGUUUGGACAGAACGAGACCAAGUCUUCUCGCCACCCGUGCUUCAAGAUCGGUUCUCCGGAUGCGUUGAUGCAGUUGAGGCAGCGGAUAUGGGAGCACCAUGAGCGCGGUGGUGAAGCGGCGCCUCAGGAGCAGGAGGCCGACAAGCCGGGUACGCAGAACAGUGGUUCUCAAGGGGUGGAAUUCCCGUCCAGAUUCUUUGCAAGGGAUUAUGCUGGGAAUAGGUUGGAGUUCAGCCUUUGA